AGAUUAAUUACAAGUGUGUUGUUUUAAACGAAUCCAAUUUAAAAACUGUUGUGUUCCCCCUUUUACAUUGUAGUUAAAUAAUGGAAUUCCAAAUUGUGAAAUUUCCUGAAGAGAAUGAUGCUGUUGCCGUUGUUGCCAAGCCGUGGAUGGUUGGAGAAGUCUGUUAUUGGCCACCCCCACCGAAUAAUGUAAAUAAACUUGUUAAAAAUUAUGCCGAACCGAAUUUCGAGACGUGGGUAAAAUGCAAAGCUCUGAUCGUCGGAAAUGCGUACGGAAGCUACAACGAAGCUCGGCAGAAUUUGAAAGCAGCAACCUAUACUUCGGAUUUUGAAGAACAAAGAAGCGCCACGUCGGCAUCGAAAUCAAAACGACAGGUUUCUCUUCCCACGCCACCCGAAAUUGAUGAGUCUGGAAGCGUUAUUCCUAUCGACGACAACGUUAUUCUAGAAGAGAACGAGAACUUGUCAAGAGAGGCGUCUUCUGUCACACAAGAUCAAGACGUGGUGUAUUUCGUCUCUCCAGCGAUUGACACCAAUGAGAAGGAGGUUCAGACGGAUCCCUGCGAAAUUACUCAAUUGCUGCGGAUGGUCAAGGGAAUUCAACUUGCAUUGGCAGAACAAGGUCAAAUUCUGCACACAAUUCUCGAUGGAGGGAAAGGUCGCUCUGCCUCAAAUACACGGAUUUCAAUGGAACUACAGAAAUUUACGUUUCCUCUUACAAAUACUGUCGAAUUGGAAAAGCUAAAUGACAUGGUAAAGUCGUCUGACGUAGCAAAAGGUGACCUGAUCACCAUCGUCUCUGGAGGAGUGAGAGGAUACGAGGAAGUUGAUGUCAUUAGCAAGAUGAUGAAAAAAUUGAUGACCGACGAUUUAUUGUCCAAAUAUAGUCUAAAAGGAAUGCAGAAAAAGCUUUCGUUUUCUACGCUAGCGGAUAUAAAAUAUGUCCUACACAGCGGUGCGGCAAUUCUGAUGAGCCCUUUGACACCUGACCACUCAAAAAUUGAUGACGGAAUCUCGAGGGAGUUGACUAAGGCCGGCGAUCGUGUGUAUAAAAGAAAUAAGAAACAGCCAGUCACCAACAACCUGCCCUCGCCAUCAUCACAGAAUUAAUUUACAAAUAAUUAGUUUAUUUUUUGUUAUGAUCACAAAAGUAAUAAAAUUAUUUAAAAGGG